CCCUAGCUCCGGAACAGACUCUUAUAUUUCCUGUUUCUUCAAAAAAAUUCCAGAGUCAGAAGUUAGAACAGGUCUUUGGUCUUUUGGUAUAAAAAUACUAUACGAGUUAUGAUAUAAAAAUACCAUACGAGUUUCCUUGCAAUUUCCUUGGUACGACUUUGCACGUAGAGGAGCAGAAGGGUAUCUCACUUGCAUUUUCCAUUUUCUUUCCUCAACAUUUUCAUUCAGCAGAAUGAAUUACCUUUAAUGGGUUGGGAGAUGAUCCCCUCUUUCAUGGCAUUGGAGUGAUCACUGGGUACUCUUCAUAUUCUGCUUAAUCUUGUUCUAGAGACAUCCAUUAAACUACAAAGGUCCCCUAGCCAUAUAUGGCCUCAGCUCCAACAGACCUCUUGAUUGGCAAAAUUGUGAGCAUUCUAGAGAGCGAAGCAUCCUCCAUAGCCGGUGUUCGUGAUGAAGUUGAUGAGAUUAAGCUGGAGCUUGAGAGCAUGAAGUCUUUCCUAGAGGAUACAGAGCGGAAGAAAGCAAGUACACAAGGAGAGAAAACGUGGAUUGCAAACGUGAGAAACUUGGCCUGCGAUGUUGAAGAUAUCAUUGAUGAAUUCAUGUAUCGCAUGUAUGAGAAAGAAAGUGGCGGUCGAUUUGCAAGGUUUCUCCAGAAAACCAUUCAUGUCCCAAAAAACCUCUGGUAUAAGCGUCGAAUUGCUAACAAGUUACAGAAAAUUAUUGCAGCAAUCAAAGCCAUUCCAGAGAGAAAACAGAGGUAUGGUCUAAUUGGUCAAGAAGGAACAUCUUCUGAUGAUGUUCACAAGAGGGUAAAAACCAAAGCCGAGUCCUCGCUUUUUGAGAAGGAAGAUGAACUCGUGGGAAUUGAAGGGAAGAAGCAAAUGUUAAUGGGAUGGUUGAUCAAUGGAGAGAAAAAACAAACUAUUGUCUCUGUGGUCGGCAUGGGAGGAUCAGGGAAGACAACUCUCGUUGCCAACACCUUCACUCAGGAGACAGUAAAGAGACAUUUUAAUUGUUUUGCAUGGAUAACUGUUUCCCAAACUUAUGUGCUUGAAGACUUAUUUAGAAGCUUGAUAAAGGAAUUCCACCAAUCAAUAAAACAGGAAGUCCCUGGGAAUUUGCAUGCAAUGAGCUACAGGGAAUUGCUGGACAUGUUGACAAACUUUUUGGUGUCCAAAAGAUAUCUAGUUGUAUUGGAUGACGUGUGGGAUAUCACUCUUUGGGAAAAUAUAAGAUUAUCAUUUCCAGAUGAACUGAUUGGAAGUCGAAUCAUUCUUACAACUCGAAGAGAAGACAUAGCAUCCUAUUCUUUUGGAGUUGAAAGUCAUGUUUACCCUAUUCAACUCUUGCAACGCGAUGAGGCCAAGGAGCUCUUCAGCAAGAAAGCAUUCCCAACUUAUGACAAUAUAUGCCCACCAGAGCUUGAACCCUUAGCUUGGGAACUUGUGGAGAAGUGUAACGGCUUACCUCUGGCAAUUGUGGCUUUACGUGGCCUCAUGUCCUCAAAAAAGUCUUCUGUAGAGUGGAGUACAGUCCUCAACAGCUUAAAUUGGCAUCUAAGUAACAAUCCGUUGUUAGAAUCUAUAAAGAUCAUCUUGUUGCUUAGUUUCAACGGUUUGUCAUAUCGAUUAAAACGUUGUUUCCUAUAUUGUUCCUUAUUCCCAGAGGAUUACUUGAUGGGGAAAAAUAGACUCAUUAGACUGUGGAUAGCUGAAGGAUUUAUUGAACACGUUAAAGGGGUUACACCAGAAGCAGUUGCAGAACUCUAUAUUAUGGAACUCGUUUCUCGUAGCAUGCUACAAGCUGUAAGAAGAAAUGAAACCGGAAGGCCAAGGGCAUGCAAGAUGCAUGAUCUUAUGCGGGAGCUUGCUUUAUCAGAAUCAGCAUCGGAGAACUUUGCCACUGUGUACGAUGGCAAAGAAGUAAUGAAAGAAAUGGGAGCCCGUCGUUUGUCAAUUCAAACAACCGAUGGGGAAAUUAAGCCACUCACAGAUAUGUCACAUCUUCGUUCUUUUCUUGUCUUUGUCACUAAUAGAAUCUCAUCGUCUGUUUCUGAGAUAUUGCCUUCAGGAUUGAAGUUGUUGAGGAUUCUAGAUUUGGAACGGUCCCCGGUUACUAAAUUGCCAGAUGAAGUUGUGUACUUAUUCAACUUAAGAUAUUUAAAUUUGAGGAAAACUCCCAUUAAAGAGCUUCCCAAAUCCAUAGGACGGCUCCACAAUCUCCAGACCUUGGACAUAAGGGAUUCCAAUAUAAAGGCACUUCCAAGGGGAAUUACCAAGCUGCUUAACCUACGCCAUCUGAUUAUGUACCGUUACACUGGAGUACAUAAGGGCUUCAGAUAUAUUGAAGGGACAAAAGGUCCAUCUGGUAUUUGUAAAUUGAAGAACUUGCAAGUUUUGGCAUGUGUUGAAUCAGAAGGAAAUGUUAUUAGACUUGUCGGGAACAUGACCCAACUUACUAAGCUUGGCAUCACAAAUGUAAAAGAAAGAGACGAGAUAGACCUAUGUGCUUCAAUUCAAAAGAUGGAGCUCCUCCAGGACUUGUUUUUAAUGGUACCUGAUGAAGAGGAAUGUCUUCGACUCGAUGCGCUAACUGCACCUCCUGCUCACCUUCACAAACUUGCGUUGGCUGGAAAGUUGGAAAUGGUACCACGUUGGUUUUUUUCACUUCACAGCCUCACAUCUUUGAAUCUGCAUUGGUCUAGACUCGAGGAAGAUUUAUUACCUCACAUUGAAGCACUGGCCAGCCUACGAAGCCUUACUCUUUAUAAUGCAUACACUGGGGAAAACCUGAGUUUCAGUGCAGGCUUCAGAAAUCUUGUGCAUUUGCAGCUUUGCAAUUUCCCUUUACUGAAUAACAUAACUAUAGAGAGAGGGGUGAUGCCAAAGCUGCAGUUCUUGAUGCUGGAUAGCUGUCUGGAAGUAAAGACUUUGCCGUGGGGUAUUGAAUACCUUUCUAAUCUUGAAACCUUGCAGUUGGGAUCUGUUUCAGUGCAACUUCUAGAGUCCAUACAAGAAGGAGGUGUGGAUCAUUCAAAGGUACGACACCUUCCAGAAGUAGAUGAUUUAGUCAGAACGUUAUUUGGGAGGUUUAAUGAAAGCAAGUCCUAGUUCUGUUGCUAGCUAGAAGUAUAUUAAUUGCCUUGGGAAGAACCACUACUUGUGUGAAGGUUGAAGCUGAAAGAUUCAUCUUGUUUCUUAUCAACUUCCGAAGAAAUAUUUUAUCCUAGGUUCUGUCCAGAAACUGUAUUUGUUAUUGUUUGUGAAUGUGCAUCUAAUAAUGUUUAAGAAUGCACAUUGAUUCUUCUAACAUUUUGUUUGUUUGUUUAUAAUAUGUUGUUUGUACAUUCAACUUGGCUUCAACCUAGAGAGUU